AUGCCGAAGGAUAAAUACCGAGUUCCGGGUCCUGGCGCUCGGGUUGAGGUUGUGGUCCCCGCUCGCACUCGCGGUAUGAAGGGCUGGGCGAUGCUCGCCCCUGGAGAGACCUCCGAGCCGCGGCAAUCAUGGGGGCUAUACGAUGUGAAAGAACAGAAUAUUUUGCCGGGAAGGCGAAGGGGACCUCCAGAAGAUUCCGCAAGACGCGGACCGGAGGGCGAGCAAAAGCCCAAGCGGAGGGCACUCGAAAAGAAUCGGUCGUUCAAACAAGAAACCGAGACCGAGAUGAGGCGAGAGAUAGCCCGCCUAAGGAUUGAAAAUGAUCUAUAUGCUCUUGCGGAGUCCGAGCAAACUCGCCGGCUCCGGGCCGAGGUCGAACACUUGGAAAGCGUCAAGGUUGAUCUGAAGAACCGGCUGCUAUCCAGCGCCGCUGAAACUACACCGGCGUCGGCUGAAACGGAGGAAAGCUUGUUACGCAGUAAAGACCGCGAAAUACGCGACCAGGUAAGCUUCAUUAGGGAUCUUGAAAGAACCCUGAGCAGGUACUUCGAGCAAGAGAGGCUUCGUUUAGAAGCCGGCGAUAUAGACCUUCCGACCAAUGUGUCAAGCAUUGGCGAUGCAAUGGAGGCCAUCAAACGCGGCAUUGUUAGUGCUGCAGACCUGCUAUCAAGCUCCGUACACCCCCCUGACAAAACGCCUCGCCGUUCCGCGGUCGACCCCAAGCUUCGAGAUCUAUUAAAGAUCACAGGUCAUAACAACAGAGCAUUACGACUAAUGCCAGAGUUAGCCUUCCGGGCAAUCCUGUUCCGCAUAGUCUGUGAUCAGAUAUUAUGCUCUGAGAUAUGGGGAGCUUUGCACACCGAGGGAUUCCUGCUACGAGCCUACCAACGGGCUAUCCAACACGCCUCCGGUAACGAGUUCGCUGGAAUAUUUCACAAGGCUGCUCUCCUGCACAUGGUGCAACACGACGCGCAGUUUGAGACAUGCUUCCUAGCUGGCCACGUAAAGGAACUACAACAGUAUACAAUCGAGGUUCUGGGGCCCCUUCUCGACCCCGCAAAGCUGAGGGUAAUAAAAGAUGAUCUAUUCCGAGUUAUGCACAACCUGUUCCUGCAGGCAUUCUCUUUUAGAGCUAAGAGCCUCCCACCGGACGGAGUGCGCUAUGAAGUCAUCCAGUUCAAUCCGGGCGAGCCAUUCAACCAUGAAACCAUGGAGGCACACGACACAACAGACAACCAAUACCUAUUAUCGGACUUGGACAAUGGGACGAGACGACAGAUUAAACUCUGUGUUCAUGGCAUGGUGGUGGCGCACCGCCUUCAAGACGGCGAGCCGGAGGGUCUCCGUAAGGUAAAAGCCAUAGGCGAGGCAUUUAGUGCUUCCAGGAACAGGCCUGGUAGCGGAUUAGCAGGUGGGGAUAUUGUCACCAAGAAGGCAAUUGUAAUUCUGGAUUGA